AUGGCGGCAACCAGAGAACUUGAUAUCGUCCUGUUGGGUGCCACAGGCUUCAGGGGAGCUCUCUGUGCGGAGCAUAUCAUGAGAACCUUUCCCACAACUCUCAAAUGGGCAAUCGCUGGACGAUCAGCAGCUGCACUCGAGAGACUAUCUGAACGCCUGAUCAGUAUCAACACUGAUCUUAUUGAAAUAGUAGAGCUCAAUGCUAUCGAUCUAGACCGCCUUACAGCUAAGGCUCGAGUCGUCAUCAAUACUAUCGGUCCUUUUUGUCGCUUUUCCACCCCUAUUCUGAAAGCCUGUGCUAAGAAUGGGACGCAUUAUUUUGAUACUACCACAGAGACUUUGUGGAUCAAAGAGAUAAUUGAAAAGUACCAUUCAACGGCGGUUGAGACAGGCGCCAAGAUCAUCCCAUCGAUUUCACUUUCCAGCUCCCCAUCUGAUCUGCUCGCAUGGCUCUCGGUCAAUAAGAUCAGAGAACAAUCUGUCUCUGGUGUAUCUCAAGUCAUAGCUUCGGGCAAGCUCGAAAUAUCCGGAAUGAGCGCAGGCUCUCUCGCAUCUGUGCUCGAUGUACGAGACAAGUACGGACCAGAUCUCCAAAAGAGUAGGGAGAAUGAGAGUGUGGAGUUUAAAGCUAUUGCUACUUCUGAGGAUGGAAAGAUGAGAGUGGGUUCUAGGUGGGCGUAUAAAGGGAGUAUGUAUGAGCUUCGCUUGGUUGAGAUUCUCGAACCAAACUUCAACGACCCAGCAACGAAGAACGACGAUAUACUUAUUGACUUCCGCGAAGGAAAUUAUGCUUUUUGCGAACCUUAUCUGGGACAAGACUCACGGUCGAUCGGCGGGACGUUCCAGACACUCGUCUCACAUCACCGUCAAUCAGGAACAGGCAAGGAUCACUCAGAAACCGCGAACGGGUUUGCAUUGCAAUUCAGGCAAAAGAACGACAUUUGCGAUCGCGCGCCCGAAGCUUAA